AUGUCCAGCAAGCACUUUCUGCCAAAAGACCCGUUUUCCACGGUCAAUUUUGCUCUCAAGGGAGCAAUUUACGAAAACCCAAACCUGUCUCUCCUAUCCAAAGAACGUGUCCUUUUUAACAACAAGUUCGACUCCAAAAAAGUGGCCCUGAUCUCUGGUGGGGGGUCUGGCCACGAGCCUGGCUGGUACGGUUUUGUCGCCGACGGCAUGCUCACUGCCUCCGUCCAAGGAGAAAUUUUUGCUUCGCCAAACUACAGAAACAUCCAGGCAGCAGAGAAAGUGGUCCAUUCUGACGCGGGUACCAUCUUCCUCAUAACCAACUACACCGGCGAUAACCUGUAUUUUGGCAUGGCUGCGCAGGAACUCGUCAACAAGUACGGCGAGGACAGGAUCCGCAUUUUGCGGACGACAGACGAUGUGGCCGUUCCGCGGUCCAAAAGCGACCGCGUCGGCCGCAGAACGCUCAGCGGAAUCACGCUCAUGGCCAAGGUGCUUGGUGCGUGUGCAGACGAGUACCACGACAUCGACACCGUGUACAAGCUGGGCGUGUCUGUCAACGCCAACAUCGCCUCUGUUAACGCGGGGCUCGAUCACGUGCACAUCCCCACGCACGAUGCCACCACCGACUGGGGCCAGUUGAAGCAGAAUGAGUUGGAGCUAGGGCUUGGUGUGCACAACGAGCCCGGCGUGAAGCGGCUCGACUACGUUCCGGCCAACGAGGAGCUUGUGCAGAUCCUGCUCAGGUACAUUCUGGACACCACAGACCCGGAAAGAGGGUACUUCCAGUACGACAAGGGCGACAAGAUCGUCCUGCAGCUCAACAACUUGGGUGGGGUGUCGCAUUUCGAGCUGCUGGCCGUCCUGACAGAGACCGUGCAGCAGCUGAAACGCGACUACGGGCUGGACAUCACGAGGGUGUACCACGGCCACUUUGUGACCAGCUUCAACGCGCAGAUAUUCACACUGACGCUGUUCAACGUGACCAAGGCGGCUACCGCAGACUUUCCUGUUGAGAAGCUGUUUGAAUACCUAGACAAGCCUGUGCGGGCGUCGAACUGGCCGGCCAACUACUACACCUCUUUGGAGCCAAUUGACGUCCAGAGCCGUGUGAUUGACGACUUCAAGCACUACGACGAGGACUCUGCCACAGAAAAGCUACCUGCUAAAGGAGACGCCAAUGUGCGUCCGGAAACGUUGGAGUCAGUUAUUAGAACGGCUGUUCGCAAUGUGAUUGCCAGAGAGCCGGAAUUGACUAUCUGGGACACCAAGAUGGGGGACGGCGAUUGUGGAGAAGGCCUCAAGAUUGGCGCCGAGGCCGUUCUGGACCGUCUGGAAAAAGACCGGUUCACAGAAAGCGGGUCGUUGCUGCAGACGCUCACGUCGCUGCUUAAGGUCGUCAAGGACUCGAUGGGCGGAACGCUGGGCGCUAUUCUGUACAUUUUCCUGCAGGGCCUGACCAACAAGCUCGAGCUGUUGCUGGAGAGCAACGAGAAGCCGCUGGCAGUGGUCUUUGCCGACGCAAUGGACUAUGCAAUUGAUAACCUGUGCAAUUUCACCAAGGCGCGCGAGGGCGACCGCACGGUGAUGGACGUUCUGAUUCCGUUCUGUCGUGAAUUCUCGCAGUCGAAGAACCUGGGUCAGGCCAUUGAAGUGGCGCACACAGCUGCAGAGGCAACUCGGAAAAUGCAACCCAAACUGGGCCGGGCCAGUUACGUGGGGAUCGAGGACAACGAGACGGACUUUCCGCCAGACCCUGGCGCAUACGGUGUGUACGAAAUUAUCGCUGCUCUCCAGGAGGGGAGCGGCAACUAA